ACAGGAGUCUGAUCGCUAACAGGGAGUGCCUGCACUGGCUUUGGGUGAUAUAUUGCUGCAUUUGUCCCGAGGGCUCUCUUCCCGGCAAGGACACGCGUAUUGAAGGGAAAACUUUGUUUGCAAUCCGUCAUCUGGAAUUGUCACUGGGAUUCAUUUGUCGAUUUGUCCAAGGUGCUGAAAUGCAGCCUGGCUCUUGGGAGCGGUGUGAAGGUGGAUACUAUGGGGUCCGCUGCUGAGAAGUUACAUUGCAGUUUAUAGCGCAAUGGGACGUGAAGAUUUUCACUUCUAAUGUCGAGGGGGCUUUCUUUUGCUCCAAGUAUGCGUGGCAGGAUUUGACGGAAUGGGCCGUUUUCUGGUGUACCUAAGAUCAACUGUGCUACUGUUUUUCAGCUAUUUUAACAUCUGCCUGAUCACAGCAGACAUACCAGCAGCUCCCGUCAAUGUCACAGUCCGACAUCUGCAAGCCAACUCAGCAGUGGUAUCAUGGGAGGUUCCUGAAGGAGAUGCUGUUAUUGGCUAUGCUAUAUCACAGCAGAAAAAGGAUGUGCGAAUGCUACGCCUUAUCCAGGAAGUGAAUACCACAACCCGUUCCUGUGUACUGUGGGAUUUGGAGGAGAACACUGAAUAUAUUGUCCAUGUUCAGUCGAUUAGCCUGAGCGGCGUGAGCCCAGCUAGUGACCCUAUCUCCUUCCGGACCCCAAAGGAAGCUGAGAAAUCGGCCUCAAAAGAUGAGGUGACAGCAGAGACGCUGCAGCAACGUAAUGCACAACUAAGGAUGGGCGAGAUGAUCAUUAUCGUGGUUGUUCUAGUCAUGUGGGCAGGUGUGAUAGCCUUAUUUUGUAGGCAAUAUGAUAUCAUCAAAGACAAUGAACCCAACAAUAAUAAGGACAAAGCCAAGAGUUCUUCAGAGUACAGCACACCAGAGCACCCAACAGGAGGGCUACUACGCAGCAAGUUUCCAAAGAACAAGCCUUCUGUAAAUAUCAUUGAAGCCUGACUGCUGUACAGCUAAGAAGAUGGUUUAAUUAAUCCAUUAACCUGGUUUCUCUUGGGAGGGAGCCGUUGGCUUCUGAAUAGAAGGAGAGUCCUGCUUCAUAAAUAGAUUUAAAAGCACACAACAAUCAAGAUUUAUUGAAAAUGAUCAUCUUCAUCAAGGACAGGAGACUAUUUGAUUUCUCACCUGUGAAAAAGAAGACCCCUAAAGUUUUGAGCAUUUUUAUAUAAUAUGACAGAAGGUAAUUUAAUAAAGAUUUUUAUCUUUGUGUUCUUGCAAAGGGACUCACUAAUACAGAAAUAAUUUAAGAAAUGGUUACCUACGUACAUAGUUUUCUCACUGACAGUUCAUCGAAUGAAUUAUAAAUGGUUUACAAAAGAAUUAUAAAUGGUUGCCAGGGGACUGUCUUGCAAACCUUAAACUACAGGCUAUCAUGCAUAUUUCAAAUGUCCAAUAUCUCUUCAUAGUGAGGAAUGUGAUUUUGACAACAGUUUCUAAAAUGGUGCCACUUUAGUGAGGGUUUGCUCAGUACAGGCUGAGUUAGUUUUUCUACAAGGACUGGCAAGAUGACUUUUGAAGUUCAAGAACAUGUUUAUUGCAAAGAUUAUGAUGAUAUUAGAUUUUAUAUCGCCACCUUCAAUGACCCUAACUCUCAGCUUUGCUUAUAAAAAUGAUUUUUUGGGGCUUUCAAGCUGUAAGAAAAUAUGAUAGACAUAUAGAAAGAGAUAGCACUUUCUUAAUGAGUUCUUUUUAUUUCUCUCUGCCCAUGAACCAUUAACUCUGAGCAGCCUUCUGGAAGUAUUUGCUUACUUAUUAUAGCAGUUGUGUAACUUUUUAGUUAUUCGUAUAACAAAGAAUAGAGCACCUUUAACUUUAAUAUAAAAAAUGACCAUACUACUAGUUACAAAAAUUGGGCAUUUUAAGAACUUUUCUUUAUCCUUUUCUUCAUAACUGAAAUGUGGACUUCUAUCAAACUAGGAAGCAGAGAACAAUUACUAAAGACUUGAUGAUUUGUAUUCAUUAUCCAUGCAUAGAUACAUUUCAGAACAUAAUUAAUUUAAUGCACAUUAUGGAAAUUGCACAAACUUUAGGGCCUAUGGGCAGGAUUUUUACCUCGUCAGGUGGGUGUGACAGGCAGGCCCGAGAGCAAAAUCAACCGUCACCCGUGAUCAGGCCCCGCUAGCAGGCGUGAAUUGCAUGCUGAAA